AUGAGCUACUACGGCAGCUACUACGGAGGCCUGGGCUCCAGCUAUGGUGGCUUCGGGGGCCUGGACUCCGGCUAUGGCUGUGGAUGUGGCAGCUUCCGCAGGCUGGGCUAUGGCUAUGGCUUUGGUGGCUGUGGCUAUGGCUCUGGCUUUGGAAAUUAUGGACCUGGCUAUGGCUCUGGCUUUGGAGGCUACGGAUAUGGCUCUCGCUUUGGAGGCUACGGGUUUGGCUACCGCUGCCCACUUUCCUAUGGAGGAUAUGGAUUCUCCAGCUUCUACUGA